GGCAAAAAACGCAGAAAUUGUUGAAUGAAUUUUUUCAUAAAUAUUAGUCUUACCAUGAAUAUGUUCGGAUGACUUAUCAUCAUUCAAAUAAACCUUACGAAUUAUACGACACUCUGUGAAAAUACUUUCGUCAAUGCACAUCUUCUUACGGAAAUAUGCAGCCUUUUUUUUUUAUUGUUUCACUCGUUGGGCAUUGUGUAUAACUACCAACGGCAAGCAGAUCUCUAUCAGCAUCAUUAACGAGUUCACAGUACGCUGCUAAUGGACCGAUUUUAUUUGCUCAUUUACCUAAAAUGUAUAUUUUAUAUUAAUAUAAAUUUUCAACGUAAAUAGUAAAAAUUCUUACCGACAAGCAAACGUUUUUUACUAGAUACUUUACGUGCAGCUGUUUUGAUGACAGGAUUAUGAUGUUCUUGACCAAAAACUCGUACCAAAACAAGUACCGAUGAGUUCUGAUCUGCACUGUAAAAAAAAUUCGUAGAAUACUAAACCCUAGUACUUUAGGAAAAUUUUCCUAAACCCUUAAAGGGUUUAUGCUGGUGUGUUAAACCCUUAAAGGGUUUUUGUGCGAAAGGGUUUCCGAGAAAAAGGGUAUUUAAAAAUAAAAAGGGUUUAUGACUAGUGAAAAAGGGUUUAUUGUUCUGCCCUUUCAUGAAAAGGGUUUAUUAUUCUACGGCCAAGGGUUUAUUGUUCUACUUUUUAUAAAAAGGGUUUAUUAUUCUAUGGCUAAGGGUUUAUUGUUCUACUCCUUCAUGAAAAGGGUUUAUUAUUCUACGGCUAAGGAUUUAUUGUUCUACUCUUUCAUGACAAGGGUUUAUUAUUCUACGGCUAAGGGUUUAUUGUUCUACUCUUUUAUGUAAAGGGUUUAUUAUUCUACGGCUAAGGGUUUAUUGUUCUACCCUUUCAUGAAAAGGGUUUAUUAUUCUACGGCUAAGGGUUUAUUGUUCUACUCUUUCAGGAAAAGGGUUUAUUAUUCUACGGCUAAGGGUUUAUUGUUCUACCCUUUCAUGAAAAGGGUUUAUUAUUCUACGGCUAAUGGUUUAUUAUUCUACUCUUUUAUGUAAAUGGUUUAUUAUUCUACGGCUAAGGGUUUAUUGUUCUACUCUUUCAGGAAAAGGGUUUAUUAUUCUACGGCCAAGGGUUUAUUGUUCUACCUUUUUCAUUAAAAUGCUUUAUUAUUCUACGGUCGAGGGUUUAUGUAAUAGAUUUAAUGAAUGUUUAUGAAACGCCAAGAUUUGCUCAAGUGGUUCGUAUUCUCAAAAUGAAUUACAAAUGGUGGUUGUUGGUAGACAUAUUGAAAACUAUUUGUUACAAUGAGAAUUUAUGUGCUUGGGAGAUCAAAUCAAAGAAUAAUUAUUCUAUGCUUGAUCCAUAUUGUGCGAAAUAUUUUUAUAAAGGACUUGACAUUUAUGAAUUAGAUAACUUAAGUUUUGUUUCAUUUACUGCACGUCUCACUUUGUAUUGAUAAAUUCACAAGAGAUAGUUAGUAUUCCACAAGUUCUUAUCUGAUUGAAAUAUAUAUAAAUUUCUUAUUGAUCAAACUAGAACUUAAUUGCAUCUGAUCAUCAUUAAAUCUUUCUAAACUUCUUUUUAUAUCAAUAGAUAUUAGACAUAGUAUACGACUGAAAAUCAUCGUAUUAUAUUCAAAUACAAAAAUUUAGAACAACCAUACGUAAUAGAUUUUUCGGAUUAUAGAGAAUAAUAAAUUUUCCUACUUUACUAAAAUAAGAUACCUCAUCAUCUAUCUGAAUCAUCAACAGAAGAGACAAAUUUACUUUAGACUUAAGAUUUGAAACAUAACGUAUUUAAAACUUUUAAAAGUUACGUUUUUGUUUAAAUCCAUAUCUUUUAAUCAUUUUUAAUAUUAAAAGAAAAAACAUGAUGUCUUUUUCUAAUUUUAUAAAACACUAACUGUGGAGCUUCCUUAAAAAAGUCUUAAGAUUUUAAAAUUUUUAAUCAUCACAACUAUAUAUCUCUUCCACAUCUUUUUUGGAACAUGAAAUUGAUGGCGUAACUCUUUUUAUGAUGGACAGUAUCGAAAAAUUAACAUUAUUUCCAAAAUUAAAGCAAAAGCUUUUAUUUUUAAGAGAGCGAGAAAAAUUGUUUAAAAUCAACGACGAUAGUUCAAUUACCAUUACGGAUUCAUCAUCAAGUUCUACAUUGCAUUCUAGAGUCUCUUCUUCUUAUUUCGAAUCGCAAAUUAACUUUUUAACAGAUAAUAGUAUGAAUGAUCAAAUAUUAGAGAAAUCAUCAACAAAAUCAGAAAUAAAUUCAACUUUUCCUGACCAAUAUAUUAUUCCAACAUUGCCAAAUACUUUGCUUGAAGAUAUAGAAGCGGGUGUAGUUCAUAAGUUUAUAAGUUUGCGCCACAUCAUACUAAUCGUCAAGUACUUAUUGAUACAAUAGCUCAUGAUUUAAUAAACAAUUUCAAUCUUUUGUAAGCUAUACUUAAUUAAGAACGACCAGGAGUGAUUUCAAAUAAAGACAUAAUUUAUGCUCCUUGCGUCAAGCAUACUUCUUUCAUAAAAGUGUUUUUUGUGGCAAAUAUAAAUUUGAAAUAUUUAUUGAAGCAAUUUCUAUUUUUAGUACUAUUUUUUGAGUUGUUCCUUCGCUCACACAUUUUACGUAGAUUCAUUCAAAAAAAAGUUAAAUAAGUAAUUAAAUUCUGACUGACAUGUGUUCAAUAAAUUCUACUAAUUUUUCAAGUAGGCAAAUCUGUAUUAUGACGAAAGUUAUCUAUUCCCGCGUACAGUACAUGAGAAAAUUAUUUUAUAUCAGUAAAAUGAACUGAAAACUAUUUUAGGUUAUCUGAAAUGGUUGAGCACUUUUGAAUAUACAAGUUUAUAUUAAUUCUGCCAAGAUUUUAAUGAAAUGUGAGAUUUCUGAUUGCCGUAGUAGUUUUGUUCCUGUCUCAAACGAAACAGACAAUGCUAAUACUACAAUAUCUUUAUCAAUCAAGGAACUGGAUAAAUAAACAGUUUAAUGUCAUAUUCGUUGAAUUUAAUUCUUUAUUGAUUUUUUUAUUAUUAUUUAGUUAUCCGACUCGUAAAUAAUUUGAUGAUAUAGGUACAGCUAUUGUUCGUAAAUUAAAAUUGCCAUUAACAAAAGACAAUGUUGGAAUUUGGAAAGAUGCUAUUCAAACUAAACUCAAACGAAAACGUUUUGAACAUCGAGAUAAUGAAGAAGUAAAAGCUUAUCAGUCGAAAUAUUCAAGAUUUGGAUCUGGACGUCCAGUCAAAAAAAUGAUUGGUGAAGUUGCUGAACGAGAUCGACAAAAACAAAUAAUGUUGGUAACUUACGAUGAUGACACAUUAACUGUUAUUCAAAAUAAAGCCAAAAAGUUACGUGAUGAUCCUCAACUUGAUCUUGAUAUUCGACUUCAGUUAUGGGAAGAAACUCUUCAUGUUAGACGUAAAGCUAUUCGUAAUCAAACAAUGUCAGAAAUUCUUGAAGAAUUUCCUGGAUAUAAAGAUUCAGUGUUGAUUUUUGAAGAAGUAAAGAUGAUAAUGGGAGCUGAUUUACGUGUUGUCGUACGUCGUCAAAUACCAAUUUUACUUGAAAAGAUUAUUGUGACACCUGCUUUUAUUACAGAUACUCCACCAAUACAACUUAUUCGUGUACUUUGUCGUCAAUUCGAUGAAUCAGUUCACCACUUAUAUUGCAAUACAGUAAGUGCUUUGCUGUAG